AGUCGCACCACAGCUAUUCCGGCCUAAAAGAAAAUGUUUAAGAAUGUCUUCGCGUGUUUUGAGGAAGCUACAGGGUGACAAGGAACUAGAAAUUUUGCAUAAUGAAGAAGAGGAAGAAGAUGAAUUGAACUUCACGUCGGCUAAGUCAAAAAAGAAACAGAAAGUCGCAGUUAAUCCUUUUGAUUUGGUAAGUAAAAUACCGGAUGCCGGUUCUAUAAACUGCACCAGUUGCAUGCGCAGACUUUGUUGUGACGUGUAUGUUUACAGCGUGUCUGUCUUAGUUAAAUGUAGAUGAUGAACAAUCAGCUGAAGAUUCUCAGGAUGAUCAAGAAGAAGAAAAUCUGAAGGAAACCGCUGAAAAUUGUGUAGCAGAAGAGAAACCAAGUUCAACAGAGCCUGCUGAAAAACAAGGUGCCAAAAAGAAGAGAAAGAAAAAGAAAAAGAAAGGGAAGGGUGAAACUGAAAAUGGGAAAGUUACCAAUGUGAGUGUGAUAAUCUUCAGUACAAAGGAUGCAUUUUUGGGGGAGAAUCCGAAAGUGGACUUUUGGAUUCAGAAAUCCAGAUUUGGAUUUUCCAAAAAAAAUGCACCCAAAAUUUAAACUAUCAAUUUUCCUAAUGAAUGUGGACAUUUCAUGUAAAUGACAUUUUGAUUAAAUUUCGGUGGGAACACUUCAUUCUGAAAGUGUCUGUGUACAGCUAUUUCAAUUAAGGUUGUCAGAUUUUACGGUCUCAAGCCUACACGACAGGACUGCAAGAUCAUGCAUGUGGGUAGAUAUAAAUCCUUAAAAAUUUGAUCACAUUAUUAUUUCACAGUUGUUACUGCCAUGGAAUGGGAUAAAGGUCACAAACAUUUACAUUAUAUUUUUUUAAUUUCGUCAGAUUAUCCAUAUUGCUUUGCAGUUUCAUCCCAAAUUAAUGCUUUCCAUGAUCUAACAACAUUAAUAAAAUUAAGAAAUAGCUGCGAGACAAUAUGUAUGUUGUGGUUCAAUUUUAUCCUUGGUUUAAGUUUUAUUUUCUUUUGUUUCAAACUCAUUAUCGUACAUUACCAUACCCAGAAACAAAAGAAAAUAAAAUUUAAACCAAGGAUAAAAUUGAACCACAACAUAUAUAUUGUUUUUGAGGGAAAUUGUUUCCAGUACCAGAUCCAUCCCCACUAAGGCAGUAAAAAACAGUGUUGAUAAAACAUGGCCUUACACUCUUACACUCAAUAGAAAUGAACAAUCCAUUUUGUUGAAAGUUGCCAUUCUUUUUCUACAGGUGCUUGUUUGAGUUAAUUCUUAAAUUUCAUAAUGUGAAGUAAACCUUAUUUUUUAUAUUUAGAAUGGAAAGAACAGCACUGAUUGUGCCAAAAACAAAGAAGUGAAAAACUCACAGGAAACAGAAAAACAAGUAGAAAUGCCUGGUGAGAAAAAAUAUGUAAUUUAUAGAAAACAUAAUUUAUAAAAGCUAGGACGUAGUAUCUUAUCCCACAAAGGGGGCGGGGGACUUCCUAUUUUGCGCAAAAGGAAAUGUGCCAUUUCUUUUGUUAUCCUGUUUAGGGCAAGAAACAAUUUUCUAUGGUCCCUCUUAAUAGUGAGGCCCAAAUAUUUCACCCUACUCAACGUUAGGAACAAGGAAUAUAAUAUAAAAUAAAUAGAUGAUAUAACAUGGUCGUGCCGAGAUAUGAAAUUUCUCUUCGAGUGUUGAAAAAUAUUUCAUUCCUUCGCCGUGUCACUCGUGAAAUAUUUUUUCAACACGAGAAGAGAAAUUUCGUAUCUCCAAGCGACCAUGUAAUGUUCUAUUUAUUAUAUAAACACCAAUGAAAUACCAAACCAGUUUACUUAAAUACUUUUUUUGGUCUUAAAAGUGCGGUUUAUUAUGAAGCCAUGGCAACAGUGAUAUUUUCACAUGUGAAGAUAUCAAGUUUUCGCGUGAAAGCUCACUUGGUAUUUCAUUGGUGUUUAUAUAAUAAAAACAAGUUAAUUCUUUUUUCUUUUUUCUUUUUGUAGUCAAUAAGCUCCUUCCAUCUACAUUACACUCUGUUUUAAGAUUCCAGUCCAAAAAGACACCCUAUUCAAGAUACUAAAUAGAGAAAUUGUAGACACCAUUGAAGAGUCAGUUCCCCAAAGACCAGACCCUGUGAAUGAGUUUGUCUUCAAAAGGAUCAGAGCUUGAAACCCUCAGACUUCCCUUCACUCUUUGAGCCCCAAUAUCCACAUACAAAUUCUCAAGACUGAUUACCAUACAUUUCCUUAAUGAAUUAGUUGGGAGAAUUUGUUUGAAGAUCAAAGCAUUUUCUAUGAAGUGAUUGCUUUACAUAUUCUCACAUCAUUUUCUCUUGAUAAUGUAUUGAUAUCUUUAGGAGAAAAUUGAUUUUCAUUACUCUUGGGACUUAAGGGGUUAAUAAAUUGCUUCUCCCUCCCACCUUCAAUGUGUCUCAUUAGGAUACAGAAACGGAUGAGUUAAAGUUUUUACCUUUUUUUUUCUCCCUCUGAAACCAGCUCCUGUAGCAACAUUUGGACAGAGCACCUCAAGGUCUCUUUAUACCAAACCUUUGCUUGGUGUGGAACAUAGGUAAGAUUUUUUAUUUUGUUUGCAAUUACGGUAUUGAAAGGAUGUGCAUGCAAUAAGGCCCUUAGUGACCAUUUAACUUUUGUCAAAUUCUCCUUUUGCUUUACAACAACAUAAUUUAAGGUAAUAGAUCCUAUUAGAUUGUUUGAAAAUUAUUAAAAUGAAAUAUGUGUCUGUGGUAAUUCUUCUAUAUUGCAUUUUUUUAUUGCGGGUAUAAAUUUUUCACAUUACUGUAUAAAGAAUUUUCUUCAUUUUGAUGUUUGGAAUAUAAACCAUAUUCACUCAAAUAAGCACCUUCCCCGAUCAAGCACCACCCCCAAUUAAGCCCAUGGCCCCGAUACAAGCUUGAUUCUAUGCUACCCUCAAAUAAGUGUUGCCCUCAUAUAAGUGCCAAAUUUGAGGCGUGAAAAUUUUUAAGUGCCACAAUGCUUAUUCAUGUAAUUACGGUAUAAGAUGUUAUGAAAUUAUUGAUAUUUGUUUCAACCAGGCACUUGAAUGCAGAGAAUGAGAUGAAAAAGAGAUUUGGAUCUCAUGUUGUUCGUGCAGAAAACAGGUUUGUUUAUUACUGAAAGGGUAGUUUUGUUUUGGAUUGCUUUGUUUUAUUAUAUUAUUUUACCGCUAGUGAUACAUAUUUUUAUUUUAAUCUAAGAUGCUUCAGAUGUUUCCAUUCCCUUUCUUCCUUGAACAACAUUAAUUUUAUUACAUAAAUUCUGGAUAUGCUUCUUGUAGGCACAGACGAGCACAUCAUCGAGUUUACCAUCACUCCUCAAGGUUUGUUUCUUCACAUUCAUUGAAUGAACUUAGCAAUGUGUAGGUAUAAAUAUAAGGAAUAGCAAGUAUUUGUCUUUGAAAAGUGCAAAACUGAGAGUCUUUAAAACUUUUUAAAAAUUACUUUGAACCAAAAAAGCUGAGACUUUGAUACAUAAAAAACUUGUUAAAACAUAGCUGUUAACAAAACCUGGAUCAGGCCAGAUGAGAUUAUAACACAAACACCUACCACCCUUUUCUAAUGUUCAUAAUAGUCUCACUUUGAAGUUGCUGAAAUUUCAGUCACUGUCAACAACAGUUCAAUUCAGGACCAUUUUAGACUGCACUAGAUGAUUACUUUCACUUUCUUUUGUCAACGUGACACUUGUAUAUUUUUAUAUCCACAGACUAGUGACACCUAAACCAACAUGGCCUCGUAUGGGAGCAACAGGUCAGUUUUUAAUCUUCUGAGUAACAUGUGGGGUUAAAUGUUGAAAUGUCACAAACAAAUUUCUCCAAUAUCUGGGCAAUUCUGAUAGAGAGGCAAAAUAGGCCGGUUGGUAAGUUAAAUUUCUUGAUGGUUAAUCUGUACCAAUCCUGUUGCUGGUCAAGGUAAUUUUACACCACACUUUUCAUACAUUGCAGACUUCUGUUUUCCCAGUGUUGUACUUUUAGUAGUCAUCCAUUAUUAAUUACAUAUCUUUACACGACAAAACAAUUUCUUGGUUGUUGUCUCAUCCAUGAGAAAAAAAUUACAAGCUGUGUGAUGACAGUUUCAUGUACCAUAUAUGGUCUCAGAAGGGUUAUGAACUCUGAUCUGUGGAGCCAAUCAGAUUGCAGAAAAAUCCAGUAACCAUAGUCCAAUUAUUUUAAAUAAAGCUGUUAUUUAUUCAAUUCGCUUGUAAUGGUUUGCUUUGUAGGGAUAAGUAUGAAUAUUAGCGAUAGCAAACAUGGGUAAGUUUUUAUAAAAUAAUGUAAUGUACUGAACCUUCAUUAAAUGUGAACGUAAAAUUCUAAUCCACGAAUAUGCUACAAAACUUAUCAAUCCCGAAAAUUCCCCCCUUCCACAUGAAAUUCGUACUUUGGUGCAGGACUGCAAAGCUUGGAAGCACAUAGAGGUCGACUGUGGCACCACAGGGAACCCCCAUGAGCUCCUCAGCAGAGGAGAGAGAUUGACAUUUUUGUGUACUACCGUUCAUACAGACUCCCACAUAUAACUGGUGACCCUGUGAGCAAACCCUCCUUUCAGGUUCUUCUUGACUGAAGAGGAGACAAGGAGGUUCUGCCUGAAUAGUGUCAAGCCUUUGAAGUUACCGCAGCCUGAAAUUCUGGACUAGUCAGUCUUGUUUUUUCUCGUCGAACUGUUUUUUUGAGUGCAAGCAUCUGUUUAUUUAUAAACCAUUGGUUAUAACUGAGCCCACUGUACCAAGCCCAUGACUAUUAGGCCUGGGUUUGAAACUGUAUCCUCGCAACAUGUAGUGCAUGCUCAACAAAGAUCUUACUCGAUUCAUAAAGAAUCUUUUUCAAAAAAGCCACAUUUGAGCAAGUGAAAGGAAUUAGGAUCUGCGGGCAGGGUGGUAACUGGAAAAGUAGAGAAAAAAAUAUUGGUGUAAUUUACCAACUGUCCCAGCCCCUUUUGUUUAAAAAUAAUUUUAAUUUACUGGUUAAUAAAAAUCUUCAGGGUCAAUGUGCUAACUUUUUUCCUUCAAAUAAAGUCAAGUACAUGUAGAUGACCAACAACAAGGACAAAAUAAUUCCAGGCAAAUAAGCAGAAAAUUAGGGAGAGAAGUGAAACAAACAAGGUCCUUAUUCUGGUGUUUCUUUUUCCCUUUACCCUUUAAGCCCUAACAAUGAUCAGUAUCAAAUUUCUCCUUGUAAUAUCACUGCUUCAUAAAACACAGUGGUCAUGAGAAUUAAGGACAUGAUCACACAACAUGAAUCUAAUAUUGAUACUUCAACAAAUUCUCCCCACUACUUCUAUUGGAAACAUGCAUGGAUAACAAUUGAGAAUUUGAAUUUUGAUGUUAGGGUUUAAAGGGUUAAUAGAGUUCAUUAUUUUGAUUCAUGCACACUUGUCGAAAAGGAAAUCAAAAUUUAUACACCAAACAUCUUUGUUGUAAUAAUAUUGAUUUUCCCCAUUUUAUCAGCUUAACUGUUGUUGUUGCUUUUCGGUAUAUCUUCGCUGUAUGUAAACGUUUCUCUUAAAGUACAGUUGCAUGUACUUGAAUUUAAACAUGCUCCUUCUUACAAUCGCCUUUCCUGCCUUUUCUUUUUACACUUAUCUAGGUACACCUAUUUUGAAUUUGAGCAUUCUCCUUCCUACCAAGAAGUCCAGUUUCUGUUUCUUGAUGCUGUGGAAUCUCUAAACCCCAACAACAUAUCCGUGAGUGAUGAAAUCCUCAGUCAGUUCUUUCUUUCAGUGCUUUUGUAACUUUACUAAAUGAUUGGAAUUAGAUGGAAGCUACAACCCUGGUCAAAAUAUCUUGGGACAUUUGAGAAAAUUAAGCACAAAGAUUCACUAUUGUGAAUGAACUCAUAUUCUACCUCUUAUAAGAACUUGGGAGUGUUGUUAUGGGGGUUAUUUCUGCUCCCCUUUCCCCUUAAAAAUGUUGACUGUCAACACUGCACCAGGGGGAGAGGGUAGGGAAAAUGCAUCAUUUUGUUGAGCUAUGGUGUUUGUGUUCCAAGAGUUUUGACCAGGGUUGUUGGUUGUUAUACUUGACAUUCGACAUGCAUCUUCUCUACUUUUGGGGUCAUAAUCAGCGUAUUAUGUCAAAUGCAUCCUUUGUAUAACCAGGCGGUGAUUCAUCUGAAAGAUGGAAAAUGUUGAGCUUAUUGAAUGAAUGAAUAAGAUUAUGUUGUAUUAAUUUUGUUAUCCCACAGAUGCGAAACAAAGAAAACAUUCAGGUCCUCUACAGCAAUGUUUGGACCACGACUGAAAAUCCUUGCACUCCCAAAAACAAUCCCUUUUUUUGAACUUUUAAAAAAGUUGGUAGGUGUAGGCUGAUUCAAUUAAUCAAUCAGUCAAUCAAUUUAUUGGUGUAAUAGCAUGGGAUAGGGUGCCCCGAGUAUCCGAGCCAGAGGCUCAUGUAUAAAACACAUGACAAAAAUAAUUAAUAAUAAUACAAUACAUGAAAAUAAUAAUAAUUAAGCAGGUUACAAAUAUGAAAGACAAUAAUAAAAAUUUCUAUAUCCCAGAAUGUAUAAAAUUAUGUGAGAAGUACUCAAGUAACACCCUUUUGCAUCCCACUUACUUAAUCAAAAACUAUGAAAAUCUCACUGGUAGAAUACAUUAUUGAUUAUAAUAUUAGAUAAGCUAAAAACCGUAAGAAUACAAUAAUUACAAAUUAGUAACUGGUCUAUGUUGUUGUUCUCUCACAGUGAUGGUUAUUGUUGUGAUGAUAUUUUGUUGCAGGCUAUCUUACACACUCAUCCUUACCAUGUGGAUUCCUUGCUGCAACUCAGUGAAAUCUGUAAAAUGGGUGAGGAUUUCCAAAUGGCUGCAGAACUUAUUGGUGGGUUUACAUUUAUAUAAUACUGUUUUGCCUUCACCUCUUCUGUGGUAAUGCAAUCAACCUCUGUUAAGUGACUUCCUAUUCAGUCAGGGUUUUUGGUAGCAUUUGGAGGUACCGGAUACAGAAGUUCAGCUGGCAGACUUGCGCUGUUCAUGCCACAGGCACAAAGUUUGAACUUCUAGGUGGAUUGGGGGGCAUGUUCCCCUGGGAAAUUUUUAAAAUUGUACUCUCUAAAAUGCAAUUUCCUGCAUUCCCUGGACUGGAAUUGGUUAACGGGGAAAGUCUUUUACGGCAUCAAAAAUUGCUCACAAAAAAUUAAAUAUUUGACUCAACAAUAAUAAUUAUAAUAGAUCAUUAUGGGUUUGCAGUUGUUUAUUUUUUAGUUGAUUCCAAAACAAUUUCCAAAUCGGAAGGCGUGUACAAAUCCCCAGUGACAGAUGGUUUACAGAUAGUAAUAAAAAUGUCCAGUUCAGUUGUUGCAUUGACUCAUCAAAAUGUUAAAUCAAACAAGAAAUGAUUUUCACACUUAAAAAAUACUUAUUUUAUGCUCAAACUACUAAACGUUACAUGUCAAACAACCAGACAUUGUGUCCAGCAUCCGGUCUGAAACGAAACCCCUGUUCAGUGACCUCUCUCUAUUUAGGGGCCAGGUACAAAAGUCCCUCUGGGCUAAAAUUGUCAGUAAAUCACUGUAAACAGCGUCUCUAUAAAGCAGCCAACUUUUUGAAGCAGCCACUCGUCUCUUUUCCAAGGGUCCCUGCUUUCAGUGUGGACACUCAAAGUGGGACACAGGGAAGAAGAUUGCCCACUCACAACGUUUUCUGCCAACAAAAGAUUCUCAAGUUUUUUGCAAACAGACCAAUAAAAAUAAAGAUUAAACUGUGCAAAUGAUGUGAACUUUAAACCAUUUGAACUUACUUGACCUCUCAGGAAACGGCCCUCAAAUUUAUUAAUGUUGUUGGUCCAUUUGCAAAACAACUUGGGAUUCUUUUGUUUUCAGAAAACGUUGAGAUUGGACAGUCUUUUUUCAAGUGUCCAGGUUUGAGUGUCUGCACCGCAAUAGAGUUUGAACUUCAAUAAUACUUACCCUGUAUAUUUAUAUAUCCAGGCGUUUCUUUAAGGUAGUACUCAAUAAAACUCAAAGGUAACAGCAACUUUUUUCAUUGCCAAGAACCGUAUAAUAAAGAUGAAGUAAACAUCAGGUUUGGCAUUGUGAGCGUACCUUAUUGUCUCCUGAUUUAUAUUAUAUUAUAAUUUUUUUAUUUCAGAAAGAGCCCUGUAUUGUCUUGAAAGAAGUUUUCACACUGUGUUUAGUCUUACACAGGACUACACAAGACUUGACUACAGGAAGGCAGAAAACAGGUGACAUAUUAAAUAACCUUUUUGUUUUAAUAAUUAGAUAAAGGAAGUAAAUAAGUGUAGGUUAGUUUCAAAUAAUCAAAAUCCAUACCCAGUACUUGGCUCCAGAGCUGAUGGAAGGAAAAGAAAUAAAAUGAAGAUUUUAUUCAUCCUUAAAACUCAAUUCCAUUUUUUAGUUCUAUGUAAGCCCAUUAUAAUGACGACAAGUUUCUAGUACCUUGCCACUAUUAUUUAGGCUUCAAAUGUAAAAAUUACUGAAAUAUAAUGUUAGACAAUACUGCAGUGCUAAAACCUGUUCAUCUUUCUUUAAUUAUUUGCCACCAGCAAGAUCUCAUGUAUCAAGUUUUUUUUUAGGUCCUUCUUUAUUGCUCUGUUUCGUCAAAUCAUCUUUGUUGGGCAAAAAGGUAAUAAUUACCUUAUUAAAGCGCUUUGUUACCGUGAAGUCUGCCUUGUCAUGCCUUACAAGUUGACGUCAUUCUUUUUUCUCAUUUUAGGCUGCUACAGAACAUCUUUGGAGUUGUGCAAGCUUCUGCUGAGGUGAAAGUUUUUUACAAAGUGAAAAUACUAGGCCAACUGCUAUUUUAACAAAUGAAUUACACAUUUCUUGUAAUAAAAAACUGAAAGUGUGUAAUGCCAGCAGUCUUCAUCUUUCUGAGUGUUGUAUACUUAAAUGUUUCAUUUGAGGUCUCAACUCCGUUUAUUUAAUGCUUUAGGUCCCAUGACUGACCAAUAUCAAUUUUCUCCUAACAACAUCAGCAGAUCAUCAAGAGUAAAGGUCAUGAGAAUUACUAAAUUGAUUACCAAAAGGAGAAUGCUUUGAUAUUAAACCAAAUUCUCUCAACUAUUCUUAAAAGAAAUGUAUGGAGAUAAGUCUGGAGAAUUUGUAUGUGGAUCUUGGUGCAUAAAGGGUUAAACCUCUGGAAAUACCAAAGUGUACAUGUAACUCUACUUGUUCCUUAAAAACAAAUUUUAGAGUUGCAAUGAUGCUGCCAUUUCUCAGAAGUUCCAAUUACCCUCAUUGAUGUUGUUGGUUUCUUGAAAUCUCAUAAAUCUAACAUACCACUUAACUUUUGUGGGGCUUGGUCUGUAAAAACACUUAAAAGUUUACACUCUCUUUCUAGAUCUUAAUGUUGCAACUGUUAGUUUAAUGUGGUUACCUUUUUUUUCUUUCAGCCUGGAACCAGAAGAAGACCCCCUUGGAGUUUUACUUAUGAUUGAUUUUUAUGCCUUAAGAUCUGAGCAGUUUAGUUUCCUCAUCAGACUCUUUGAAGAGUGGGAGGUAUAAAUUAUUGGUGUAAUUUACCAACUGUCCCAGCCCCUUUUGUUUAAAAAUAAUUUUAAUUUACUGGUUAAUAAAAAUCUUCAGGGUCAAUGUGCUAACUUUUUUCCUUCAAAUAAAGUCAAGUACAUGUAGAUGACCAACAACAAGGACAAAAUAAUUCCAGGCAAAUAAGCAGAAAAUUAGGGAGAGAAGUGAAACAAACAAGGUCCUUAUUCUGGUGUUUCUUUUUCCCUUUACCCUUUAAGCCCUAACAAUGAUCAGUAUCAAAUUUCUCCUUGUAAUAUCACUGCUUCAUAAAACACAGUGGUCAUGAGAAUUAAGGACAUGAUCACACAACAUGAAUCUAAUAUUGAUACUUCAACAAAUUCUCCCCACUACUUCUAUUGGAAACAUGCAUGGAUAACAAUUGAGAAUUUGAAUUUUGAUGUUAGGGUUUAAAGGGUUAAUAGAGUUCAUUAUUUUGAUUCAUGCACACUUGUCGAAAAGGAAAUCAAAAUUUAUACACCAAACAUCUUUGUUGUAAUAAUAUUGAUUUUCCCCAUUUUAUCAGCUUAACUGUUGUUGUUGCUUUUCGGUAUAUCUUCGCUGUAUGUAAACGUUUCUCUUAAAGUACAGUUGCAUGUACUUGAAUUUAAACAUGCUCCUUCUUACAAUCGCCUUUCCUGCCUUUUCUUUUUACACUUAUCUAGGUACACCUAUUUUGAAUUUGAGCAUUCUCCUUCCUACCAAGAAGUCCAGUUUCUGUUUCUUGAUGCUGUGGAAUCUCUAAACCCCAACAACAUAUCCGUGAGUGAUGAAAUCCUCAGUCAGUUCUUUCUUUCAGUGCUUUUGUAACUUUACUAAAUGAUUGGAAUUAGAUGGAAGCUACAACCCUGGUCAAAAUAUCUUGGGACAUUUGAGAAAAUUAAGCACAAAGAUUCACUAUUGUGAAUGAACUCAUAUUCUACCUCUUAUAAGAACUUGGGAGUGUUGUUAUGGGGGUUAUUUCUGCUCCCCUUUCCCCUUAAAAAUGUUGACUGUCAACACUGCACCAGGGGGAGAGGGUAGGGAAAAUGCAUCAUUUUGUUGAGCUAUGGUGUUUGUGUUCCAAGAGUUUUGACCAGGGUUGUUGGUUGUUAUACUUGACAUUCGACAUGCAUCUUCUCUACUUUUGGGGUCAUAAUCAGCGUAUUAUGUCAAAUGCAUCCUUUGUAUAACCAGGCGGUGAUUCAUCUGAAAGAUGGAAAAUGUUGAGCUUAUUGAAUGAAUGAAUAAGAUUAUGUUGUAUUAAUUUUGUUAUCCCACAGAUGCGAAACAAAGAAAACAUUCAGGUCCUCUACAGCAAUGUUUGGACCACGACUGAAAAUCCUUGCACUCCCAAAAACAAUCCCUUUUUUUGAACUUUUAAAAAAGUUGGUAGGUGUAGGCUGAUUCAAUUAAUCAAUCAGUCAAUCAAUUUAUUGGUGUAAUAGCAUGGGAUAGGGUGCCCCGAGUAUCCGAGCCAGAGGCUCAUGUAUAAAACACAUGACAAAAAUAAUUAAUAAUAAUACAAUACAUGAAAAUAAUAAUAAUUAAGCAGGUUACAAAUAUGAAAGACAAUAAUAAAAAUUUCUAUAUCCCAGAAUGUAUAAAAUUAUGUGAGAAGUACUCAAGUAACACCCUUUUGCAUCCCACUUACUUAAUCAAAAACUAUGAAAAUCUCACUGGUAGAAUACAUUAUUGAUUAUAAUAUUAGAUAAGCUAAAAACCGUAAGAAUACAAUAAUUACAAAUUAGUAACUGGUCUAUGUUGUUCUUCUCUCACAGUGAUGGUUAUUGUUGUGAUGAUAUUUUGUUGCAGGAUAUCUUACACACUCAUCCUUACCAUGUGGAUUCCUUGCUGCAACUCAGUGAAAUCUGUAAAAUGGGUGAGGAUUUCCAAAUGGCUGCAGAACUUAUUGGUGGGUUUACAUUUAUAUAAUAAUGUUUUGCCUUCACCUCUUCUGUGGUAAUGCAAUCAACCUCUGUUAAGUGACUUCCUAUUCAGUCAGGGUUUUUGGUAGCAUUUGGAGGUACCGGAUACAGAAGUUCAGCUGGCAGACUUGCGCUGUUCAUGCCACAGGCACGAAGUUUGAACUUCUAGGUGGAUUGGGGGGCAUGUUCCCCUGGGAACUUUUUAAAAUUGUACUCUCUAAAAUGCAAUUUCCUGCAUUCCCUGGACUGGAAUUGGUUAACGGGGAAAGUCUUUUACGGCAUCAAAAAUUGCUCACAAAAAAUUAAAUAUUUGACUGAACAAUAAUAAUUAUAAUAGAUCAUUAUGGGUUUGCAGUUGUUUAUUUUUUAGUUGAUUCCAAAACAAUUUCCAAAUCGGAAGGCGUGUACAAAUCCCCAGUGACAGAUGGUUUACAGAUAGUAAUAAAAAUGUCCAGUUCAGUUGUUGCAUUGACUCAUCAAAAUGUUAAAUCAAACAAGAAAUGAUUUUCACACUUAAAAAAUACUUAUUUUAUGCUCAAACUACUAAACGUUACAUGUCAAACAACCAGACAUUGUGUCCAGCAUCCGGUCUGAAACAAAACCCCUGUUCAGUGACCUCUCUCUAUUUAGGGGCCAGGUACAAAAGUCCCUCUGGGCUAAAAUUGUCAGUAAAUCACUGUAAACAGCGUCUCUAUAAAGCAACCAACUUUUUGAAGCAGCCACUCGUCUCUUUUCCAAGGGUCCCUGCUUUCAGUGUGGACACUCAAAGUGGGACACAGGGAAGAAGAUUGCCCGCUCACAACGUUUUCUGACAACAAAAGAUUCUCAAGUUUUUUGCAAACAGACCAAUAAAAAUAAAGAUUAAACUGUGCAACUGAUGUGAACCAUUUGAACUUACUUGACCUCUCAGGAAACGGCCCUCAAAUUUAUUAAUGUUGUUGGUCCAUUUGCAAAACAACUUGGGAUUCUUUUGUUUUCAGAAAACGUUGAGAUUGGACAGUCUUUUUUCAACUGUCCAGAUUUGAGUGUCUGCAUGGCAAUAGAGUUUGAACUUCAAUAAUACUUACCCUGUAUAUUUAUAUACCCAGGAGUUUCUUUAAGGUAGUACUCAAUAAAACUCAAAGGUAACAGCAACUUUUUUCAUUGCCAAGAACCGUAUAAUAAAGAUGAAGUAAACAUCAGGUUUGGCAUUGUGAGCGUACCUUAUUGUCUCCUGAUUUAUAUUAUAUUAUUAUUUUUUUAUUUCAGAAAGAGCCCUGUAUUGUCUUGAAAGAAGUUUUCACACUGUGUUUAGUCUUACACAGGACUACACAAGACUUGACUACAGGAAGGCAGAAAACAGGUGACAUAUUAAAUAACCUUUUUGUUUUAAUAAUUAGAUAAAGGAAGUAAAUAAGUGUAGGUUAGUUUCAAAUAAUCAAAAUCCAUACCCAGUACUUGGCUCCAAAGCUGAUGGAAGGAAAAGAAAUGAAAUGAAGAUUUUAUUCAUCCUUGAAAGCCAAUUCCAUUUUUUGUUUCUAUGUAAGCCCAUUAUAAUGACAACAAUUUUCUAGUACCUUGCCACUAUUAUUCAGGCUUCAAAUGUACAAAUUACUGAAAUGUAAUUUUAGACAAUACUGCAGUGCUAAAACCUGUUCAUCUUUCUUUAAUAAUUUGCCACCAGCAAGAUCUCAUGUAUCAAGUUUUUUUUUUAGGUCCUUCUUUAUUGCUCUGUUUCGUCAAAUCAUCUUUGUUGGGCAAAAAGGUAAUUAAAGCACUUUGUUACCAUAAAGUCUGCCUUGUCAUGCCUUACAAGUUGACGUCAUUCUUUUUUUCUCAUUUUAGGCUGCUACAGAACAUCUUUGGAGUUGUGCAAGCUUCUGCUGAGGUGAAAGUGUUUUACAAAGUGAAAAUACUAGGCCAACUGCUAUUUUAACAAAUGAAUUACACAUUUCUUGUAAUAAAAAACUGAAAGUGUGUAAUGCCAGCAGUCUUCAUCUUUCUGAGUGUUGUAUACUUAAAUGUUUCAUUUGAGGUCUCAACUCCGUUUAUUUAAUGCUUUAGGUCCCAUGACUGACCAAUAUCAAUUUUCUCCUAACAACAUCAGCAGAUCAUCAAGAGUAAAGGUCAUGAGAAUUACUAAAUUGAUUACCAAAAGGAGAAUGCUUUGAUAUUAAACCAAAUUCUCUCAACUAUUCUUAAAAGAAAUGUAUGGAGAUAAGUCUGGAGAAUUUGUAUGUGGAUCUUGGUGCAUAAAGGGUUAAACCUCUGGAAAUACCAAAGUGUACAUGUAACUCUACUUGUUCCUUAAAAACAAAUUUUAGAGUUGCAAUGAUGCUGCCAUUUCUCAGAAGUUCCAAUUACCCUCAUUGAUGUUGUUGGUUUCUUGAAAUCUCAUAAAUCUAACAUACCACUUAACUUUUGUGGGGCUUGGUCUGUAAAAACACUUAAAAGUUUACACUCUCUUUCUAGAUCUUAAUGUUGCAACUGUUAGUUUAAUGUGGUUACCUUUUUUUUCUUUCAGCCUGGAACCAGAAGAAGACCCCCUUGGAGUUUUACUUAUGAUUGAUUUUUAUGCCUUAAGAUCUGAGCAGUUUAGUUUCCUCAUCAGACUCUUUGAAGAGUGGGAGGUAUAAAUAUCUGACUUUGUUCAACAGUCCUUGUUUAUUCUCUUUUAAAUACAGCAAAGUAACUUAAUUAUAGAAUUUCUUUUCUUGCUUUUAGUCUCACAGAAACUUGUCUCAGCUUCCAAAUUUUGCCUUCUCUGUGGCUCUUGCUUACUUCCAUGCCAGCAAACAAACUACUGAAACACAAAAAGCAGAUGAAAUGGUAAGUUCCUUGCGGUUAUAGUGUUUUUCAUUGUGCACAUGUAAUAGUUUUUGUUUUUAUUAUUAGUUUUGCGCAGAAUCACUUCCACACUCCUAGACUUUCUAAAAGUCCUUUUUUGUUGUGAGUAAUUCUACCAAUCUCCAAGUAAAACAUUUCCAAACCACUGUUAUCUUCUCUUGAGCCUUGCCCCUUUCCAUAUAAAUUUUAGCAGUUGGCUGCCAUCCAGGUCAUUCUAACAAUGAUCUUGAAGAUGGUCAAUGGUCCUCUCUGCCGUUCUCAGAAUUUAACCUUCCUAUCUUUUUCCCCUGUGCUUAACUGCAUUGGAUCCAGGACAACUCGCCGCCAAAUCCUUAGAAAAUUAGCCCCCAAUUUCUCAACGAUUAGCCCUUAGUUAUUAGAAAACAAAAAGGAAAAGGAGGAAGAAAAACUCGGGGGCAGGAGCUAAUCUACUUGAAAUUGGGGGCUCAUAGUCUGGGGCGUGACACCCGGGGGCCGAGUUGUCUGAUGUCGUAGGCUUACACUAGAUUACAAAGGUGCUCACGCUUACGUAUAUUAUCUUUUAUUCACAUUGCAGCUUCAGACAGCUUUAAUUAUGUUUCCAUCGGUAAGUGGUAGCACUUUUCGUGACAUAUUGUCUAAACCAUUAAACUAACUACCGGAAUAAUCCAGUCUCAAGUUUUCUUCAAAAACCAGGCCAAUCAUCCAUGUUUUUUUUUCUUUUUAUUCGAAUACGGUAUUACGGUAUUUUUUUUAAUCCAAUACUGAAUACCGAUUCCCCACUUUAUGAUCCAGAGACUUUUUAAGGGGAAUGGGUACAAGAUUUCGGCGCAACGAUCUCUGGGAUCGUUUUGGUGGCCAAAUGUUACUUGUGAUUGGUCAAUGGUUGCCUUGAUUACAAUCGACCAAUCAUAACUAAUGCUUUCCCACCCAAGCCUUCCCAGAAAUCACUGUACUCAAAGCUUGUACCCAUUCUCCCUUCAGCUUCUAAAGUGGGGAAUAAAAAUUCCAACCUGGUAAAGUACCAGCUGAAUAAUAGAAUGAUAGAAGGUUUGUUAGUUUGUACUAACAAUGCGUUGAAUUUUGUAGGUUUUAUCUUCCCUUAUGGACAAAUGCAAUGUUGCGUUGGAUUCCUCGCUAAUCAAUCAUCAAUUCUUUUCUCCCGCGUCAUUCAACAGGUAGAGUAAAUCGCCCAAAUUUUCUAAUUUUAAUAUUCCACAAAAAAUAUUCCGCGAAAAAAACAUCCAACUUGUUUUGCAACAUUGUAGCAAAACGAGUUAAAAAGCUAUGUUACCCAUUUCAUCACCCACGAAUCAAACCUCUCUUGCAGCAAAUCAGGUUGUUGCAGGUUACGUGAAUUCUCGAAUUACGCGGGAGUCACGCCAUACGCGUAGACUGCGAGCAGUCUCUCUUUUUCAUCAGAUCUUGUAAGGGGAGUGCACUCGCGCGCGAGUGGCGAAGCCGCGAGACGCGCGAAACGAGGGCGGCAGCCUCUCCCAUCUCCCGCUAUCAGUCCCGGGCGUGGCCAUGUGCGUGUCUCGCGUUUUGCUCGACGGACGACAGAAAAAAUAGAGACUGUUCGUAGUCUACCACAUACGGGAUUUACGUCACUGGCUACAAAACAAGUUUUCCUAGGGCCGGUAAAACCCGAAACAUGUGCAGAUUUUGUUGCACUAAGUAGAACUACCCUCUACUUUCUGCAAACUGCAACAACCUGAUUUGUUGCAAGACAGCUCUGAUUCGUGGGAGGUAAAACGCGCAACAUCGCUAUUCAACUCGUUUUGCAGAAAUUUUGCAAAACAAGGUGCACGAUUUUGUAGCCUCCCACGCAGACGUUCUCAGGGGUUCGUCACGCGUUCCUGGCCUAUUUACCGUACCUUCACUAGUUUUUAAUGUUGUUGUUGUUGUUGUUUGUUUUUUUCAUGUUGACCUAUAGUGACCCUCUUGCUCUAAAGCAACUGGAAGGUUUGUACAUUGGUAGAACUUACCAUGUUUGGAAGGAACCAGAGGUGAGAGACAAUGACAAAAAUUGCUUGAACGUCUUUGUCAAAAAAUAAGUCACUUUUUCAAUUUUAACUUGCUCUAUAAUUUUCCCAAGACUUUUUAGUUUGUAAAAUUCGUAAACGCCAGACGUAUUUUUUAAAAUAUAAAUUUUCGCUAUCAGCUUUUUUCAGAAGUAUAUUGCCUUGAACGGGUAACAACUUGCUUUUUAUCUAUUAUCACAGAAAAACGCAGAGUGUAAAUCUAAACCUCUACGAAGCUUAGGUUUACUUUGUAUUGCUUUUUGCAUGUCUUGACUGUGACUCGUCUAGUUGAAUUUAGUUUUGAGUAAAACUUUCGUACUAACAGUUUAGUGGAAGUUGAUAAUCAAGUUUUGGUAUUUUUCACACGACUUCAGCCCUGAUCACUACUGGUCAAUCAAGCACCUACUAACAAAUAAUUUUGUCCUGUUUCAUUUCAGGUUAUUGAUUGGCUUGCGGUGAAUGUCAGAGUAGUUUUAGAAAGAGUCCAGGCCCAGGAUCCUUUGGUGCAAGAAUGUAAACAAAAGUAAGUGCAGCUUUUUAGAGCGGUUUUCAUUUGAGUGUCGAAAAGUAAUUGGUUUUGCACUUUCUACACGAUGCGAUUGGCUUAAAAGAUUCGCGCCACCUUUUCAUCCAAUCAGAAGUAUGUUCAACAGUCCUUGUUUAUUCUCUUUUAAAUACAGCAAAGUAACUUAAUUAUAGAAUUUCUUUUCUUGCUUUUAGUCUCACAGAAACUUGUCUCAGCUUCCAAAUUUUGCCUUCUCUGUGGCUCUUGCCUACUUCCAUGCCAGCAAACAAACUACUGAAACACAAAAAGCAGAUGAAAUGGUAAGUUCCUUUCGGUUAUAGUGUAUUUCAAUGUGCACAUGUAAUAGUUUUUGUUUUUAUUAUUAGUUUUGAACAGAAUCACUUCCACACUCCUAGACUUUCUAAAAGUCCUUUUUUGUUGUGAGUAAUUCUACUAAGCUCCAAGUAAAACAUUUCCAAACCACUGUUAUCUUCUCUUGAGCCUUGCCCAUUUCCCAUAUAAAUUUUAGCAGUUUGCUGCCAUCCAGGUCAUUCUAACAAUGGUCCUGAUGAUAGUCGAUGGUCCUCUCUGCCAUUCUCAGAAUGUGCUUAACUACAUUGGAUCCAGGACAACUCGCCGCCCGGACAAUUCACCCUGUACAAUUGGCUACCAAAUCCUUUGAAAAUUAGCCCCCAAUUUCUCAACGAUUAGCCCUCAGUUAUUAGAAAGCAAAAAGUAAAAGGAGGAAGAAAAACUCGGGGGCAAAGGGCUAAUCAUCUUGAAAUUGGGGGUUAAUAGUCCGGGGCGUGAUGCCCAGGGGCCGAGUUGUCUGAUGUCGUAGGCUUACACUAGAUUACAAAGGUGCUCACGCUUACUUUAUGUUAUCUUUUAUUCACAUUGCAGCUUCAGACAGCUUUAAUUAUGUUUCCAUCGGUAAGUGGUAGCAAUUUCUUAGGAAAUAUUGUCUAAACCGUUAAAUUAACUACCAGAACAAUCCAGUCACCAGUUUUCUUUAAAAAGCAGGCUAAACGGUCAUGUUUUUUUUUUCUUUUCAUUCGAAUACGAUGUUUUUUAAACGAAAUGUAGUCGAAAUUCAAACCGUGAAAACUGCCACCACAUUGAGUGAACACUCUUAUUCUUCGGCCAUUUCAACUUCGGUAAAAAUAAAACACAAACUGCGGUAACAAACAUGAUGAAACAACGCAUGUUGCAAACAACUAAGAUUUCAAAGAUUUGACGUUUCGUAUGUAACAACAUACAUCUUCAGAAGUGACGGUUAAAAAGAUUACAGUAAAAUUUAAACAUCUCGAAAAAGACUGGAACCUGAUAAACAGGUAAAAGCGAUAACUAAUGACAACAAAUUUUGAUGACAGACUCAAUCAUGUUGAAGUCUGCACCAGCUAAAUAAUGGAAUGAUAGAAGGUUUGUUGGUUUGUACUAACAGUGCGUUGAACUUUGUAGGUUUUAUCUUCCCUUAUGGACAAAUGCAAUGUUGUGUUGGAUUCCUCGCUAAUCAAUCAUCAAUUCUUUUCUCCCGCGUCAUUCAACAGGUAGAGUAAAUCGCCCAAAUUUUCUAAUUUUAAUAUUCCACAAAACAUAUUCCGCGAAAAAAACAUCGAACUUGUUUUGCAACAUUGUUGCAAAACGAGUUAAAAACCUAUGUUGCUCAUUUCAUCACCCACGAAUCAAACCUCUCUUGCAACAAAUCAGGUUGUUGCAGGGUGCGUGAAUGCUAGAAUUACGCGGGAGUCACGCCAUACGCGUACACUGCGAGCAGUCUCUCUUUUUCUUCAGAUCUUGUAAGGGUAGUGCACUCGCGCGCGAGCGGCGAAGCCGCGAGACGCGCGAAACGAGGGCGGCAGCCUCUCCCAUCUUGCGCCAUCAGUCACGCGCGUGGCCAUGUGCGUAUCUCGUGUUUUGCUCGACGGACGACAGAAAAAAGAGAGACUGCUCGUAGUCUACCACACACGGGAUUUACGUCACUGGCUGCAAAACAAGUUUCCCUAAGGCCGAUAAAACGCGAAACAUGUGCAGAUUUUGUUGCACUAAGUAGAACUACCCUCUACUUUCUGUAACCUGCAACAACCUAAUUUGGUGCAAGACAGCUCUGAUUCUUGGGAGAUAAAACGCGCAACAUCGCUAUUCAACUCGUUUUGUAGAAAUUUUGCAAAACAAGGUGCACGAUUUUGUAGCUUCCCACGCAGUCGUUCUUAGGGGUUCGUCACGUGUUCCUGGCCUAUUUACCGUACCUUCACUAGAUUUUAAUGUUGUUGUUGUUGUUGUUUGUUUUUUUUCAUGUUGACCUAUAGUGACCCUCUUGCUCUAAAGCAACUGGAAGGUUUGUACAUUGGUAGAACUUACCAUGUUUGGAAGGAACCAGAGGUGAGAGACAAUGACAAUAAUUGCUUGAACGCCUUUGUCAAAAAAUAAGUCACUUUUUCAAUUUUAACGUGCUCUAUAAUUUUCCCAAGACUUGUUAGUUCGUAAAAUUCGCAAACGCCAGACGUAUUUUUUAAAAUUUUCGCUAUCAGCUUUUUUUCAGAAGUAUAUUACCUUGAACGGGUAACAACUGGCUUUUUAUGUAUUAUCACAGUAAAACGCAGAGUGUAAAUCUAAACCUCUACGAAGCUAAGGUUUACUUUGUAUUGCUUUCAGUUGCAUGUCUUGACUGUGACUGUAGUUUAAUUUAGUUUUGAGUAAAACUUUCGUACUAACAGUUUAGUGGAAAUUGAUAAUCAAGUUUCGGUAUUUUUCAAACGACUUCAGCCCCGAUCACCACUGCUCAAUCAAGCACCUUCUAACAAAUAAUUUUGUCCUGUUUCAUUUUAGGUUAUUGAUUGGCUUGCGGUGAAUGUCAGAGUAGUUUUAGAAAGAGUCCAGGCCCAGGAUCCUUUGGUGCAAGAAUGUAAACAAAAGUAAGUGCAGCUUUUUAGUUUCUUGUACUUGUGUAAACCUUUAACACUAACUUGAACCAUCAACCUGCAGAGGAUAACACUAUUCAUAUUAGCUAUAAGGGUAUGUGUUGUUGUAAGAAGCAUGUGCGUCGUUUACCCAGGCUGAGAAAACAGCCUGCAUUUGGCGACGCCAUCACUGGUUUCCCCGCAAAAUGACGUCCAAGGAACGAGCGCAGAAAUUCCAGACUGAUGACGCGUCACUAACCAGGUCUGGGUAGUGUCUCUGAUUGGUCGUACCGCGAGGGAAAUUUGCUCUAACCAAUCAGAAGUACUUCUCAUAUCUGAGCAGUGACACGUGACUAGUAUGGAAUUUCUGCGCUUGUUUCUCAGACGUCAUUUCGCGGCGAUACCAGUGGUGGUAACCAUUACUUACUGUAUUGACUUGGUCCAUAGCUCACAUCAUCCCCGUAAAGGGUAUAGUUCUCAACCCUUCAAGUCUCUGUCAGGAAAUAAAAUCAGGUUAUUUUUGUGUAAAAUAGGGUAUUAUUAACGCGGAAACUCAUCAGGGAGUGAUAAAAUCAUAUUCAAACUGUAGAUAAGAAAUAUCGUACACAUUUAGUGCACAUACGUAUCAACAUUUGUUGUCGCUAAAACUGCCUUCAAACUACUUUUUUUCUCUAAAUUCUGCAAAUUAGGCAAACAGUAAAAAAGUUAAAACGGGAUAAAACUCUGAUGGAAAUGUGGUGGUGAAUUUUAAGCCUAGUGAAUACAUGAGAAAGAUGUUCGAUUCAGUCAGUGACUCAGGCGGCUCGGAAGAAAAAAAUCCAGAUACUUCCAACAGGAGUCGAACCUUUGACCUUCUGGCCUCGGUUGUUCAAAGGCUGGAUAGCGCUAUCUACCAGGACCCGGGUGUUCAAACGUUGGAUAGCGCUAUCCACCGGAUGAAUCACUAUCCAGUGGAUAAGUAUUGGGGAACUAAUUGCGUUAUCCACUGAACAGAUUUUUAUCCGGUGAAUAGCGCUAUCCAACGUUUGAACAAACAGGGCCAGAUAAAUCUCUGUCCAGUGGUUAGUGCAAUUAGUUUCCCCAACGCUUGAACAACCGGGGCCAUGGUUACUAGUCUCCAUAUACUGUUCAUCUGGAGAGCAAAGGUCACUAAACUACAAUCAUGGACAAAAGUCUUUGGACAAUUUUGCGUUUCUGGGGCGUUUUCCAAUUCACACAGGUCCAACCCCUCCCCUCACCCCACAAACAAUGUUGGACGCGUGCAUCCAGAAUUUUUUCCGAGUUUCAACUUUGUAUAGGGUGGGGAGAGGGAGAAGUGCAAGAAAAUUUCGAAAAGGAUGCACUGUUUUAAGAGGGAACCGAGAAAUGACAGAAAAAUAUGAAUAUAGCAGUACAGUCCCAAGGACUUUUGUCCAGGAUUGUAGGUUCGUUCAACCUACCCUAUUUUGUGGUUGAUUCUAUUCAUCUCUGUUUCUAGGCGACAAGUACGUUACAGGGGAACACCGAGAAAUGUUUACCGGCACAUUUUGAUGUCAGGUGAGUGUGCUUGUUGGAAUUAAAAAGCGAUUAUUUGUCUCAGUAAUCAAAUGGUUCCAUUAAUUUAUUUUGCAAAAAUUAACUCGAACUAUUUUUUUUUUUCAAAGACUAACAAAUUUCUAUUGCGCACCACGUGACAUAUUCGAUGAGGGAUAUCAAGUCGGAAAAAGGAUAUCGACUGAUAUCGGACAUCUGAUUAUGUGCCACAUGAUAUGCUUGUUAAGGGAUACCCUGUAAUACCCGAAAUGUGUUCACUUUUCAACCCCAUAUAACCGUAACGAAAUAAAAUGGCGUGUAACACUGUCAAGGGUUACAGGUCGUUUCGAUACAAGUUGAUCCAGUCGACGUGUAAAUAGUUUCACGUCCUUGGCGUGGUUGUAGUUGUACUUCUUGAGUUCGCACUGAAACGACUUGCAUCGAAACGACCGGUUUCCUCGUCAAGUUGCUGUGUGGUCAGUUGUAUAGUUGAUAACCUUCUGUCAGCGUGUUAAACUCCUUAGCUGGAGUAGGAUUCUCUCCCCGUCUCGCUAUAUUUAUACAAUUAACAAUUUCAACACUCUGAAGAUGAAUUUCGUUCAGGUUGUCGAAAACUCAGUGAUUGCCAACAACAACAGGUCAACGUCAUUUUCGACAGACUGCUAAAAGCCUUUUUCUUUUGUUGUAGAUAUUAAGGACGCCACAGCUUCUCUUCCCAUGGUAAGUUAUGUCACGUUGCUUUGUUUUGCUUUUGAGUGCCUUCAGGCCUUGCUGCUGUUCGUUCAUACGUACAGUUUGGUGGCCAGUUUUCUUACAAACAAGUGUCACACUUUGGAUUGUCAGUUGUGUAUUUUUAUAGCCAAGUUCUAAAAUUACGAAGUCCAGGGGUCGAUUUAAUUAAACUUUUACAAGUGUAAUUUACAAGUGUAGCUAUUAUUGUAGGGACUAAAAACAAAAGCUAUAAUUGUAAAUUACACUUGUGAAAGUUUUAUUAAAUUGAACCCAGGUUGUAUGAAUUUUGACUGUUGACGAUUUCUCCUCUUUAGAAUUUUAAACCUUCUCUGAACUUAAGUCUUAAAAGAAAGGCUUUGUUCUAAUUGGCCACUUCAGAAACGAGAUGGGAACUGGAGCCGAAAUGCGUCCCGCAAGUGUUUCUGGGAUCGUUACUGGGCAUGCGCCAGUCGCCGAUCAGCCAUUGGCCAAUUUUUUUCCCUGUCCCUAGGGACAGUCCCAGAGGUCUUUGCGAAAGUUAACUCGUUCAUACGUACAGUUUGGUGGCUCAAAAACGAGAUGGGAACUGGACAUGAAAUGCGUCCUGUAAUUGUUUCUGGGAUCGUUACUGAGCAUGCACAGGUCGCCGGUCAGCUAUUGGUCAAUUUUUUUCGCUGUCCCUAGUGACAGUCCCAGAGGUCUUUGCGAAACUUAACUCGUCCCAGAUUCCCUCUCGCUUCUAAAGUGGCAAAUGGCUCCGGUUACUUCGCCAUUAGGCUUUUCUGCUUUCUGUUGAUCCAAAACCAGGUCGUGCCAUAGAUCUUGCUUACUAUUGGAAGACAAGUUAGCUCUUAUUCUGAAAUAACUGCAAACAGAGCAAAUGUGUUGUCCAACUUUGCUCCCAGGUUCCUUUCUCCUCCUCUUUCAAGAAAGGAGCCUGGGAACUAGGUUGUUUAAUUGUCAUGGUAACUUGCCCUGUGUCUGGCCAUAGUUAAUAAAGUGGAAUGAUUAUGAAGCCCGUUAGAGUCCUUUGUUAUAUGUUUUUGUAAGCUGUUUUGGACCUGACCGUGUACAACGUUCAAUGUCAUUUUAAUAAGUCGCAAUUUCUGAACAAAACAACAAAGGAUCGUGCACGGUCAAGGAGCGUCCAUCAUAAACUACAGCUCCAUUGUUUUCGUCUUUGAUGUUUGCCGGCUUUUAUAACCAGUAGUCCUCUACUAACUAUGGUCUGGGCUUAUCAUCGUGGUAACUCGGCCCUGCUUUCAAAUACCAAUCGAACACCCCUAUCCGACUGAAGCGAAAGUUUUAUAUUAUCUGUAUUUCAGGACUUGGCGAAUGUUCCUCUUUUGUCGUAUGACCCUCUGCCACCUCGCGAGUCGUUUGCAGGGUAUAUGCGACCACGAAGGUAAGAGGAAGAUUUGGAUAUUUUCAUUUCGCCCAUGAAUGAGUGUCAGGCGGAUUUAGCAAAGUCAACGCAACUUUUAUUAAGGACUUAAACGUCUUAGCACGAGUCUAUGUAAAUUGCUUGUUACGGGUUAUUGGCUACAACUUCGUUCCCAUGGUUCUCCCUUACUCAGCCCUGUCUCUCGCUCCGUGAGCCGAUUAGGAGAGGACCCUGGGAACGAAGAUGUAUAGGCUUACGAUGAACUUGCUGAAAGCGAUUUCCGGUGUUCUGUUUGCCGUUCUGCCAUUGGUCAAUUGGUCAAUUGGUCAAGUCGGUUUUUAGAUCUGUCCGCGCCGUCGUCGUCUUUUCUAAGUCCGCCUUUUCCCAUCUUAAAAAGCGCGAGAUUUAACGAUUUUUUUAAAACUGUUCUUUCAGAAACCUACCUCGUGAAGAAGAACACGGCGGCGCUUUGUCUAUGUUUUUCCGUUCGCUUCUCCCUUCUUUUUACUCCCAGACUGCCGACGGACAACGCGAACGUUUAGAAAUGAGGCUUGAACAGCCCGUGGAAGGAGCAGAGGGAGGGCCCAGGCCUUUACGAGAUACAGAGUUCGCGCGGGGCGUGGAAAAUCUAAUGGUUGCUAUGAGAGAACUGCUUAAUACUCUAAGUUAUCGCGGACAGCCCGAGGGUGAACAGGGGGAUGAUGCUGGAGAAAAUGAAGAGGAAUGGGAAGAAGGACAAGAAAAUCACUAACAUCGUUUGUCAGUUUAUCUGACUUUGCAGUGGGAUUUCUGUGCCUUUCUUAAGGCCAGUGCCAGCCGAUUUCUUCCCAACGCGCAACACUGUACUUGAGAGAAAUUGGUAACCAGUGAACUAUCUCACCGUCGUCUCUUCUUAAGAAAGAGCAGGGGUACAAUCAAACCCACCUUCAAACUCCCAGUUGUCACGGACGGGAAUCUUACUCUCGAAGAAGAAAAUUGGCCUUAAAGAACGCUGUUAGAGACGCUUAGUUACAGCCUCGUUCCCAGUCGUCCUCGGCGUUUGCAAAUUUGACGUCACCUGUAUCGCGUCCGGUUCCAAGGCCCAAACCCCCCACCCCCCUCCCCCGCUCACUUGAAUAGCGCGAAAAGGCCUGGAGAGGAGACUGGUUUAGUUACUGUAGUUUUCAAUAAGUUAGGGAAAUGGAAGAGCUGUUCACUCCACACACAAAGCUCGUUUGAGAAAAUUACCUCGUUUUAACUUUGUAAAAAUUACGAAAUUGUCCGUUAUUGAAAGAAAGGUUCACAAUCAGAAUGAUUCUAAUCAAUAUAAGGCGAGUGUUAGGGUACAUUAUGGUAACAAGCUUUUUGGUGUGGCUCGCUCGUUUACACCUCUGCGCUGAUGCUCGCAUAAUAAUCAGGUUCGCUGCUCUAUUGUAAAUUAUAGGUCACUGAGAUACUUCCAUUUUAAAGGAUCUUUCCCUGAUCCUCGAGUAGCCUUCAUUGAUGAAUUAAAAAUUUUGUUAUUACUUAACAUGUUAUUAAGAGCGAAUUAUGAAGUUCUUGUGCUCGAAAAUCUCCACAUUAUCAGAAACAACUUUCGACUUGGGCAAAUGCACAGAGGAUUGUUUCGCCUGUUCUAGACAGUCAAUGGAUAGCCAAGUAAACUACGGAAUAACUACUACAUAGAUUUGCCGCGCGUGGGUUGCCCCUGGCGGCAGACAAUAUUUAAAAGAGUGAAAAGACAGGAAAGCGCUUUUCUAAAACCUGUUCAAGCCUGCCUGAACGAGAACUUUUAAAGAGAAGUAAAUGCCCAAAACAGAAAACGCACUUGACAAUACCAGGACUAUAACGUCAGCAUAAAUCUGCAAUCUACUGAGUUCGAGGUACUUUACCUUUAAAUGCACCAAUCAGGGAAUCCAAAACCCGGUAAAGAUCAUCAGAAAAGAUCCCAUAAGAGCUUCUAUGAGCGCGAAGUGUGGUAGCAAUAUAGCUAUCGCCAGUGUGAUGACUACCAACGAAACCCGAGUUAUAAUAUUACGUAUGGUAUUGGAAAUAUCAGAGGUUAUUUCUGAAAAAAAACAGUCGAUUCGUCGAGAGAUUCACAUACAGGUCUCAAGCAAAGUAUGAUUGAGAGUAAGCUGCUAAUAACGAGACUUAUAGAAGCGGUUAUGUUUAGCGGUCCAACAGGAAAAUUGUUAACAAUGGCUUCAUCUGUCUUGGAUUCAAAAGUCAAAAAUCCAAAGACUGCAAUAAUCACUUUAAU